CCCAAGGAGCUGUUGUCGUCGUUUACUUUAUCGGAAAUGACUAUAGAAAAUGGCUGCAGCGAUGGCAAGUAAUGAGGACAUUUUCAUGUGUCCUAUUUGUUUGGACUUUUUGAAGGAUCCGGUGACUCUCAAUUGUGGACACAAUUUCUGUUUGGGCUGUAUUGAAGACUGCUGGAAUGAGGAAGACGUGAAGGGUGUUUACAGCUGUCCCCAGUGCAGAAAGACUUUCACUCCAAGACCCGUUUUAAACAAGAAUAUUAUUAUUGCUGAGCUUGUAGAUCAAAUGAGGAAGAGCAGAAUACAAACUGCAGCUGCUGUUGAAUGUGCUGCUGGACCUGGAGAUGUGGCCUGUGACGUUUGCACCGGGAGAAAACUCAAAGCUGUCAAGUCCUGUCUGGAGUGUUUGGUAUCUUACUGUGACACUCAUUUGAAAGUUCAUGAUGAAGCUAAUCCAGGUAGAAAUCACACCAUGACUGAUGCCACUGGCCAGCUACAGGAGAGGAUCUGCCCCCAUCACAAAAAGGCUUUGGAAAUAUUCUGCCGCACCGACCAGAGUUGCAUCUGCUAUCUGUGUACGAUGGACGAUCAUAAAGGCCACGACACGAUCACAGCCAGGGCAGAAUGGAGUCAGAAAAAGGAGGGGUUGGGGCAGAGCCAGAGGAGAUGCCAGCAGAUAAUCCAGUUGAAGGAGAAGGAGCUGCAGGAGCUGAGGAAGGCUGUGGAGACCCUCAAGUCUGGUACUCAGACAGCAGUGAAAGAGAGUGAGAGGAUGUUUACUGAGAUGAUCCGCUCCAUUGAGAGAAGGCGCUCUGAGGUGACAGAGCUGAUCAGAGCUCAGGAGAAGGCUGAGGUGAGUCGAGCUGAAGGACUCCUGAAGCGACUGGAGCAGGAGAUUGCUGAGCUGAAGAGGACAGAUGCUGAGAUGAAGCAGCUUUCACUGACACAGGAUCCCAUCCAUUUCCUCAAGAACAUUGUGUCCAUCACUGGGAGGCCUUACAGCACAAUUUCAACCAGCAUGACAAUCAACCAAAGCUUCUCAUUGAACCCCCUGAAGGAAUCUCUGUCUAUCCUGAUCCUGAACUUCCAGUCAGAAGAGCAAACAGUGACCCGCGGCUGA